UCUUGAAUUAUAGAGUUGGAUUAAAUUCGCUCGUCUUUCUUGAUCAUUGUCUGAAAUCGAUAACAAAGCUCCAGUUUUAGAUCUACUUGUCAAUAGGUUUUGUAUAACCUAGAACCAACAAUGGCCAACAUCUCUGUUACAAAUAAAUAUCAUGGAUAAUGAAUCACUUUCAGAGAGCUCUUCAUUGUUUCUGUCGACAGUAGCCACUGACAUACAGACGCGGGAAGUAGCAGAAGAUUGGUUCCGUCUUAAUGAUUUCAUCUUCAAUUGUUGUCUGACUCAAAUUUUCGCAAUCUUUGCUUUUUGUGGUACCUCCAUCAACAUUGUGGUCUUGUCCAGCUACGACUUGUCCAAGGAUAGUUCAGCAGUGCUUCUUCUAGCUCUGUCAGUAGCUGACCUUAUCUUUUGUUUCACGCUACCCAUCAGGCGAUGCCAGUGUUUGGUAACCCAGAUGCAGGGCUGGGCAGCCGGCGUGACGGCCGGGACCUUAAUGACAGAGACUAUGUUCAUUUUCAACAGAAUCUUUUAUUGCAUAAGCAUCUCUCUGGUCGGCGUCAUCGCUUUUGAAAGACUCAUUGCAGUGUUUCUGCCCUUUCAAGCGCAUCGUCUGCUGUCUCCAAAAAACAUGAAAAUUGCCGCAGUCAUGACGUACUUGGUCAAUAUUUUCAUCAACUCGCCCGGUUUCUACAUGUUCAAACACGAUUGGACAUUAGUGGAAGGGCUGAACCAAUCAGUGGCAGUCUUACAACUCUCCGACUUUUACGUUUCAAAUUACGACAAUCUCAACUUCUUUAUCAUGAUUGUCUACAACACAGGCGUGCUGGGGGCGUCAAUGGUGUGUACAUUGAUCUUCAUGGUCGCCAUAGGAAUCAAAAUUUGGACAAUGACAAAGAAACGCCAGACGUUAGUUCGGAACAAAGAAUUUCGUUUUGACCCUCAGCUGGCCAAAGUUUUACUGAUCAUCUGCCUGGUCAGUCUUAUUCUUCAUGGCCCCAGCAUAUUCUUCGACACGGUGAUGGCGUAUUUCAUGCCAAACUUUAUCAACCAGUCGAAAAUGUACGAAGCGUACGAGACUCUUGUUGACUUCUCAGGGGCGCUGUCAGCUGCCAUCAACUUUCUGGUCUACAUGACGAUGUCCAAGAAAUUCAAACACAGAUAUAAAGAUUUGUUUCGAUGUUGUCUGAGUUUCUUGUUCAAAAAGUUUAAUAAACAUUGA